AUGCUUGCUGUGUUACUGGGGACCAUCAUGUUCGCGAAAAUCAAUGCUAAACGUUAUCCAUCCUUCCGGCCUAUGCUCUCCGCUGGGUUGAUGUAUUCCCUUUCUGAGUUUGACGUCGCUCUGUGUGCUCAAAAGUUCAUGCUUACUGACUCCUUCUUGGUCAUUCUUUUUAAUGAGUCAACGUGUUUGGAAGAGUUGACCAAUCCGAUCUAUUCAUUCCCUGAAGAAGCUUUCCAUUUCUGUGAUGCAGCUGGGUUGCUUCGACUUACUGACACAAACCGUCGGCUCCCAGACAUUAUCGCUGAGAUAACUGGUGUGAGGAGUACCGUUAAAGAGCCUCUGAAAGGCAAAAACCACGUCAUGGCGACAGUAAAGAUGGACAGCGGAGAAACUGUUAUACUCAGUCUAUUCGACCCUGAAGCAAUCUCCUUCCACAGAAAGCUUGAAUCCAUGAUUGUUCCUCCAAUGGUGGUUGUUGCCACAAACGUAAACCCACCCGAGAAUUGGCGUUUGUUCGUCAAUGCCACUCCAGGGACACAUGUUUACUUUGACGGAAUAACCAGCGCUGGGCAGGACCGUCUAACUCGAUUGGCCGCUAGAAAGACUGGUCUACCAUCAACAGAGCCGUUAUUAAGAGAGAUUCCAGAAGUCGAGCAAUUGACAAUAGCUCAGGCCAAUAGCUUUGCCAUCCUCCAUCCCUCUGAGGAAUUUGAGAUUCUGUGCAUAGGGAGAGUUACUCGGAUCAACUCUGAGAAAGGGUGGUCCUACGUUGCUUGCUCUAAAUGUAGCAGGGAACUCCAGCGCAAUAAUUGUGGUUUUACAUGUGUGCGAUGUGAGAAUACUAACGCUGCUGGUGUUUUACGCUAUCGAGUAGAGCUUUUGGUCGCUGAUAUGACUGCUGAAGGUGUUUUUGUCUGUUUUGACGGUGUCAUGACCAAGAUGCAUAAGCUUGAAGCACAUGAGGCUGGUCAGCUGCUGGUAUACAGUGGUGUGAACCCUGAAGACUCUCCAAUGCCUCUGGUUAUAACAUGCAUGAAAGGAAAAAUCUACGCUUUCCAUGUUAGUCUGUCUACAAAAAAAUUCACAGAAAACCGUCAGGCCUUCACUAUCACACGCAUACUUGGCGAGCAUGAACGUCUGCCGUCUUUGGACCCCGGCGCCAAUGGAAAAGGUACUUCCGAUGCUACUACCAUCAUUGCAGUUUAUACCGCAAUACUUCCCCAACCCGAGUCUGGUUGGAGCAGUGUUGAUAGGGGAUUCAUUUCAGAGCUUGAGUUUAUUGGUGAUGUUCCGAUCAACACCGCUGAGACAGCUUCAGAAGUUGCAAAGGGCAAGCCUAUGUCCUUAGAUUAA